GCUUCGCUCCUCUUUCCCUAUCGCAUUCUCUCCCGAUCUACUCCUCUCUGAAUACGCUUUCGCAUACUCACGCAACCAACAUUCUCUCCAAGCUUAGAGUUGAGCGGCGACGGUGAGAAUGGCAGAGACAGUUUUUGCCCCUGCUUUAGAAGGAAUGAAGCAUGUCAAGUCUGAACAAGGAGAUAUGCUUACCAAGCCUUUCUUAGAAGUUUGCAAACAAAUUCUACCUGUUAUAGACAAGUUUGGAGCUGCUAUGGCACUUGUCAAGUCUGAUAUUGGUGGAAAUAUAACGAGGUUAGAAAACAAAUAUUUGUCUGAUCCAGCACAAUUCAAUCACUUGUACAGCAUGGUACAAGUUGAGAUUGAAGCUAAGACUGCAAAAUCCUCAUCCAGCUGUACUAAUGGUCUUCUUUGGUUGACAAGGGCCAUGGAUUUCUUGGUGGAAUUGUUCCGCAAUUUAGUGGACCACCCAGAUUGGACCAUGUCACAAGCUUGCACUGAUUCCUACAGCAAAACAUUGAAAAAGUGGCAUGGGUGGCUAGCAAGUUCCAGUUUUACGAUUGCCAUGAAGCUUGCUCCAGAUAGGAACAAAUUUAUGGAUGUAAUAGGUGGCAAAGGUGAUAUUAAUGCUGACAUCGAAAAAUUCUGCACUACUUUUCCACCACUUCUGGAAGAGAACCACAAGUUCUUGGCUAGUGUCGGAUUGGAUGAACUGAAAGCAUCUUAAAAUGCCUGGAUGAACUGAAGUUGGAUGGUUGAUGUUGAUGUUAUUUAGAAGUGUUCUCGAGUUCAGAGUUUGCGAACCUAUUACUUCAUUCCCGUUGCUGACUUGAUGAGCACGAGAGUUGCUUUUUAUGAGAACAAAUAUGGAUUCCACCUCUUACUUGUCUUGUACUUUUAGAGAGUUUUGUUGAUUCGAUAUCUAUCAGUACUUGAUAUUUGGAUUUGGAUUGCUAUCAGCACAAGUAAAAGUGAUUCAUGUUUAAUGAUUAAUAGAGUCGUUUACGUGGUCCUUUUA